AUGGAGGACAAGGACACGAAAAGAAAAAAGAAGAACAUUAUAAUAAUCAAUGAUAAGGGAGAAAUGUUGAGUGUUACGAAGAAGACAUUGGACGGGAAGAAGGAAGAUGACGACACAACAGGGCCUGAAGAGGUUAGUGAAGUGAGUAGAGAGGAGGAUGCAGAGAAGGACGUGAAGAAAGACACAGAAAGUGCAGAGAAGAAAGACACAGAAAGUGCAGAGAGGAAAGACACAGAAAGUGCAGAGAGGAAAGACACAGAAAGUGCAGAGAAGGAUGCAGAAAAAAAAAUGGAAACUGCAGAAAAGGCAAGAGAGGACGAAGGAUCUAACAAGAAGUGUUGCGAAAAAUGCUCUGAGACUAAGGAAUGCAGUGAUAAGCCCGAGGACGGAAAAGAAGCAUCCGCUGGAGAUAGCAGCAAGAAUGAUCCUAAAGAGGAAUUCACCCCGUUGGACUCCAAAGAGACUGAGGAAAAAGCAGAAAACACAAAAUCUUUCUCCAAAGAGAAUGCAAAUGUUUUUAUUCCUCCAAUACUCGACACAGAAGCAGAGAAUGCCAACAAGGAGAUAUUUGAAGAAAGGGAAAAAGGAAACAUACUGGCAGAGGGAUGGAUGUGGAAGAAAAGGAGGAUUUUCAGCUGUUUCUGGCACCAGAAGUACUUUGUCCUCACAAAAGAUGGAAUUCUGAAGUAUUACAAGGCAAAUGGGAAGAGACAUGCCAAGGGGAACUGGGAUAUGAAGAAGUCGAUUGAAAUCAGGAACUACAAUCUCUCCAGUGAGGAAAACAACCAUCCAUGCAGAAUAAUGGUGUUUUUCCCCGACUACUCAUUCCUCCUGGCAUUCGAUGAAAGGAAGACUAAAGACUAUUGGGUAGACAAGCUUAAUAGGGCGAUUGAAAUGCCGAGAAAAUAG